AUGAAUAUAGCAAAUUAUGCAUUGAAUGAAAGUGAUGUGGAACAACAGAAAAGAUUAGACGAGAAGAAAUUGGGUAAUGGUUUGACACCAAGCGAUAAUGAUAUUAAUGAUAACGAUGAAAUGGAUGAAUUAUAUUUCACAUCAAAAGAAUUAUUAUCUGACGUAUCACAUAAAACAGCGUUAUCAUUACCAUCACUAACAACAGCAACAACAAUGAUUGAUAUGCCGGAUUCAAAAUUUCCUCUUGAUAAUAAUAAUAGUACAAGAUGUCAAGGAAACAAUAGCAAUGAUACUAUUGAUAAUAUCGAAGCAAAUGUUCCAUGCCAAUGUCAAUCACAUUUAGGCCGAUUAUUUGUAGACGAAGUAUAUCCAUUAACAACAAAACAACUCUUUGCUAUUCUUUUUUCACCAACACCAUGGUAUCAUCAUUUAGAUGAAAUUGUCAACAAAACAGCACAUGGAAGAAUGUUAAAUAUUGUAACUGAUUAUGUAGCAACAUCGUGGAUAACGGAAAAUUCUACUGUUACUACACGAAAAGUAACUUAUAAUAUGGCACUAAAUAAUGCGUUAGGUCCAAAGAGUACAUCAGUUACGGAAAAACAGGCAUGUUACGGAUUUCGUGGUGCUAAUGUUGGAUUCAAAGUGAUAAAGGAGAUUCAAAAUUCAGGCAUACCAUAUGCGGAUAAUUUCAUUAUUCAAUGUACUUAUUGCGUAAUUCGGGCAAGUCACACACAUUCCCGAUUACUUGUACAUGGUGCAAUGGUACAAAAGAAAAGUAUUUGGGGUAUUGUUAAAG